AGCCAUGUGAUAAAACUUGCAGGCUGAAAUUUCUCUCUCUGCUUCUCACCCACUUCUCUCCUCUCCUCUCUUCUUUCCAGACAUGCCAAAUUACUCUGGCAGUCCUAGAUGUGUCUCUCGGCUGUGCUGCUGCUGCUGCUGCCUCCGCCUCUGAUUCUCCCCUUCCAGAUGUUGACAGGCUCCAAACUGAAUCGGUGGCUCCAGAGGCACAACAGCUCUUCUCCCCUCUGCGUGGAAUCUGAAGGGGGAAUGCACGGCAGAAGGGCAAAGUUGCAUAUUUUCCCGGCAGCGCACGGAAGCAAUUACCCAGAGCGCAUUCCAGAGGUUUGAAUUGUGAGCAGGUCCUGGUUGUCAUUUUUUUUUUUUUACUGAGUGGGAAGAAGUGUGGAGGAAAGAAGAAGAAAAAAAGGGAGAGAAAAGGAAAGGAAGAAAGCUCUCUGUCUCACAUACACACAGAGGCGGAAUGUCUGUGCUUUCCAUCCUCCUGCUAGCCUCCUGUUGUACUUGGAUGUCACAAGCUCAGACCGAAUUUAAAAGGGUGGCCGAAGCAAACGUAACUUUGCCCUGCCUUCAUCGCCUGCACCUUCUGGAGCCAGCGAGUCUGGAUAUAGAGUGGCUGCUAAAGAAUUCUGAAGCUGAACCGAAAGUGGUGAUCACUUAUGCAGGAGGCAACAUCUAUCAUGAUAUGAUCGAAGAACAGAAGGGCCGUGUUUCAUUUGCCUCCAAUUUCCUGAGUGGAGAUGCGUCUUUGGAGAUUUCUCUCCUGCAGCCAAGCGACUCCGGGCAAUAUACAUGCAAAGUUAAAAAUGCUGGACAGUAUGAAUGGACACACAUCACUCUGAAGGUUCUAGAAAAACCUUCGAAACCCAAAUGCUGGAAGGAAGGGGUGGCAUCUGAAGGAAAAGAAAUCACUUUACAAUGUAACUCCGUCUCUGGCACAGCCCCUAUCAUGUACAUGUGGCAGCGUGUAGACGCAAAGGGGAAAGUCGCGUUUCUGCCGCCCUCCACACGUCACAAUCUGUCUAAUCCUGCCCAAAUUAUUGUGAAGAAUCUCACAUGGACGUUCACAGGAUCUUACCAGUGUAUUGCCUCCAAUGAAGCGGGAGAGGAGAGCUGUGUCAUACAGGUGACAGUGCAGCGGAAGAUGCAGAGGCACCCAAGGCCCGAUUAGUCAAGCCUGGCUCUUCCUCUUUGGGCUCCAGAAGUUCACAUUCUGGUUCUUCUUCAACAAGAUCCACAGAAAACAGUGCCUCCCGCAGCCAGCAAACCCUGUCAACAGAAGCUACUCCACACCUAACACCGACGCAGCACAGCCCCCUUGAAAUGAA